CUUGUGCGCUUUGUUCCCCCCCCGUGUGCGCCCGCGGCCCUGGCGGAGCAGGAAGGCUCGGACGACGGCCCCGAUUUCCUCUCGGAGGAGGACCGCGGGUUUAAAAGAAGCUAAUCUAGUAGAGGCAACCCCCGCUUAGCGCUCUUAAUUGGUUCCUGAAAAACUGAGUGUUAAGUGAAACCGAAAGUAUUUGAUGACCCAAGAUGGUGACCGCAAUUGCUUUUAAUGACCCAAGAUGGCAACCGCGAGCGUUAUAUUGAAACUCGCUGAGCGCUAAGUGAAAUCAGCUUUGAGUGCUUCUUGGAGAAGGGUUCAUCUUGAAUUUUUGGAAGGAGCUGAGCAUCUGCUUAGAGCAAUAAAUGUAGAUCUUCAGACUGAUGCUGCCCUGCAAGUGGAUAUUUCAGAUGCUCUUAGUGAGAGGGACAAAGUGAAGUUCACUGUCCAUACCAAGAGUUCUUUACCUAAUUUCAAACAAAAUGAAUUUUCUGUUGUUCGACAACAUGAAGAGUUCAUCUGGCUUCAUGAUUCCUUUGUUGAAAAUGAAGAUUAUGCAGGUUACAUUGGCUUUAACUUUGACUAAGAAGGUGAGGAAUUCAAAAGUACUCCCUGAUUGACUCAUUUGACAGAUCCCACCGGCACCACCCAGGCCCGAUUUUGAUGCCUCUAGAGAAAAACUACAGAAACUUGGAGAAGGGGAAGGAUCGAUGACUAAAGAAGAGUUCACCAAGAUGAAACAAGAACUGGAAGCGGGCUGGAUAACACAGAAACCUUGGGUUUCUUCUACUGCCACCUUCAUCCUCUGAAUCCUUCUUUUCUGUCUACACUGAAUGACUACUACUGUCACAGAGAUCAAACACACCCCAACACUGGUCCUGCUGGUUUGCUGUGAAUAUUUGGCAAUAUUCAAGAAGACGGUUGCAAUGCAUGAAGUGUUCUUGUGCCGUGUGGCAGCACAUCCAAUUUUGAGAAAGGAUUUAAAUUUCCAUGUCUUCUUGGAAUAUAAUCAGGAUUUGAGUGUUCGUGGAAAAAAUAAGAAAGAGAAACUAGAAGACUUCUUUAAAAACAUGGUUAAAUCAGCAGAUGGUGUCAUUGUGUCAGGAGUAAAGGAUGUAGAUGACUUCUUUGAGCAUGAAAGAACAUUCCUUGUAGAAUACCACAACCGAGUCAAAGAUGCUUCUGCCAAAUCAGACAAAAUGACAAGAUCGCACAAAAAUGUUGCGGAUGAUUAUAAUAGAAUUGGUUCUUCAUUAUACACGUUAGGAACGCAAGACUCCACAGAUAUAUGCAAAUUUUUUCUGAAGGUAUCAGAGUUAUUUGACAAAACAAGGGAUCCAAGCUUUUCUCUGGAGUCAAGAUCACUUCUUGGGGAAAAAAUAGAGGCCCGGGUUUCUGCUGAUGAAGAUCUUAAACUUUCUGAUCUUCUGAAAUACUACUUAAGGGAAUCUCAAGCUGCUAAGGAUCUCCUAUAUAGAAGAUCUAGGUCCCUAGUAGACUAUGAAAAUGCUAACAAGGCAUUGGAUAAAGCAAGAGCAAAGAACAAAGAUGUGUUGCAAGCCGAAACCACUCAGCAACUCUGUUGUCAGAAAUUCGAAAAAAUAUCUGAAUCGGCAAAGCAAGAACUUAUAGACUUUAAAACAAGAAGAGUUGCAGCAUUCAGGAAAAAUCUGGUGGAACUGGCAGAACUGGAACUGAAGCACGCUAAGAGAAUAUGCUGUAUGCAAUUAUUUGCAUUUCUAAAACAGCCAGAGAAUUGAAAGAGACACAACAAGAAAUGCAGAUGUGGACAGCAGUUUAUAAAGUGCUUAACUUCCUUUAAAUUCUGAAAAGGGCAGCUUAGGUAUCUAUGGUCAACUGUCUUUUUUCUCUCUAAAUACUAUAGUUGUAAAUAAAAUCUUGCUCCAACUGCCAGCUCCUUUAACUCAGCCUGGGAUCUGAAAAUCAUGCCGUGCAUUUAGGUUUGUCCAUUGCUAGAAACACAAAGUUUGCAUGUCAAAUUUUGAUUUUUUUGUUUUGUUUACAGAUACUGCAAUACAGUAUCUGUAACAGUAUUCAUACAAACAAACACAAGCAGAUCUGUGCUGUUCUUACAUUUUUCAAAUGGGGGUCAUCCGUUCAAUUAGUGGAUUAGGCACCUGAUUGUUUUUUCUCAAUUUCUGAAAGGAAAAAUAUAGAAAUAUCCAACAUCAUUUGAUAUAUUACAUGAAAUACUGUUGCUUUGUGAAGAAAAAUCUGAGGACAGUCAGUAGUACUACCUUCACUGUGGAGCAGGGAGUAUCUGUGAGGAUAUAUUCCACGGGCAUCUUGGAGUCUGUGUGAAACAAUUUUAAUUCUAACAGGAUUAAACAGAGCCUCUGAAAAUAUUGUUCUAUAUCAAGAACAGACUUCUGGGAAGGAGGUGAGAGGUAGAAGAACAUCUAAUUUAAAAUAACUAACUCUGAAAGUGCGUGCAUGCGUGCAUCCCAGAGGUCUGGGUUCUGAGCACCCGGCAGGGGUCAGAGGCCAUUCUAGGUCUAGGCCACCAGGCAGGGAUGAUCUGGGCCCCAGCCAGGCUGCAGCCUCCCCUCCCCAGUGCUGGGGGCUGCUCCAUGCUGCUGGGCACCCCAGGCUGAGCUGGACACCAGGCUUGGGGGAAGUGGGAGGUGGGGGCAGGGUUAGGAUCUGCUCUGGGUCUCUGCCACCAUUUGGCAGCUCAGUGGGUCUGGGCACCACAAGAGAGUUGAUGGAGAGAGAGAAAGCAGGAACAUUGGGAUGGUGAGAGGUGGAGAUGGACAGAGAUAGACAGCUAGAUGAUAGGUUUAUGGAUAGAGGGAUAGUGAUACCUAGGUAGAGAGAGAGAGAUAAUGGAUGGGUAGGUAGACAGGGUUAUACUGUUGGUGUGUGGAGAGGAGUAAGGGAUGGAUGAAUAGACAGGGAUUAUGGAGAUGGAUGGCUGGAUGGACAGAUGAAUGGGUGGAUGGGGUUAUGGAAACGGACAGAUAGCUGACUGGUUCAUUGGCUAGAUGGACAGAUAACUAGAUAUAUGGAUAGAUGAAUAGAAAUAUCUAUGUAGAUAGACAGAGAUUGAGAGAUGGAUAGACAGACCAGAGAUGGAUAGAGAUAGAUAGAUAGAUGGUCUAGAUCAUUGGAUGGAUGGAUGGACUGGUUUGAGGGAGGGAUGGAUGGAGAUGGACAGAUAGGUAGAUGAUAGAUGUAUGGAUAGAGAUAUCUAGGGAGAUAGAUGGAUAAACAGGGAUAUAGGUACUUAGAGACACAGAGAGAUGGAUAUAGAGAUGAAUAGAUGGAGAUAUCUAGAUAGAGAGAUAGAGGGCAAGAGAUAGAGAUAAAGAUGGAUAGAGAGGGACAGCUGCAUAUAGAUAAAUGAUACAUGGAGAGAUGAAAAGAAAUAUCAGGGUAGAGACAGAGGUAGAGAUAGAUGGAUAGAGAGGGAGAGGGAUAGAGAGGUAGCUGGAGAGACAGAUAGAUGGACAGAUGAAGACAGAGAUAGAUAGGUAUCUAGGCAGAUAGACAGAUGGAUGGCCAGAGAUAAACGUAGACAGAGGGACAGAGGUGACGGCCGCUGUGUACAAAACCUCCCGCUGUGGCUGCAGAGCUGUGCUCGGAGCUGUGCGGCCGGCGGCAGUGGCGCAGUGCGGGAUGGUGGUGGGGAUGGCUUCCUGCCACCUGGCCACCACCAUGUUGCUGCUGCCGCUCAGCGACUGGCCAUACAGCUCUGGGCGUGGCUCCAUGGCGGCAGCAGGAGGUUUUGUAGGCAGCAGCCAUCACGGGCCUCCAGGUAAGCAGCAGCGCCAUGUGCAAGCCCAAGCCCGCGCCCCCAUCUGUCACCGUGGCUGCAGAGCUGGUCAUGGAGCUGUGAUCCGGCUGCAUGCCAGCCUCCCUCUCCCCCUCCCCUGGGCAGGCGGUAUGUGUGCAGCACGCACAUUGGUGGGCACCACCACACUGUGCCCCACAUUGCUUGCCCGCAAAACCCCCUGCAUAGGGGCUCCCCUGCUCUCACCCCCUGGCUCUGCUCCCAGCUACGGUGUGCCGCCUGGGGCCAGCAGCCCCCGCCAUUCCCUCAGCCCCCAACCACCUUCCCCAGCCCUGCCUCACAGCCCCAAAGCCCCACUUACCUCUAGGAUCCAGGGGCGAAGGGCAUGGCUCCGCAGUGGCAGUGCUUGCCUGUAUAGUCCCCCCACCCUGCAUGCAGCUGCCACCACCCUGCACCGCCACAGAGCUGCGCAGCCAGUUGCGGGGCAUGCUCUUGCAUGCAAGCCCCGUUUCACCCCCUGGCUGGGUGGCACGUAUGUGGCCCGCACAUGGUGGUUGCCACUGGUGUGCCCUGUGCCCCUUGCCCACAAAGCCGUGCAGGUGGCCGUGGGAUGGUAGUGCAGGGUGCAGUGGCAGACUCCAUUUGCAAACCUCCUGUCAGGCUGGCUGGCAUGUGUGGCCCACAGAGUAGCACCCCUGCCCUCACCCCCUGGCCCUGCUCCUGGGAGUGGGCACAGGGGUACACACCCGCUUCUUGAU